UGUCCGCGCAGCUGGUGGUGCUGAACAAGAUGGCUGUUUGCUGGGGACCGGAGAGCUGAGGGAGAGCGGGAGGUGUGGAAAGAGGCGCUAAGAAACGGAGAAAGAAAGGGCUGCGACGCCGGCGUUCCCUUUCCGAGUGAGAGGACGGUCGACGGUUUGUUUAUUUUUCUUUCUUUCUUUUUUUUUUUUUUUUUUUUGCCGGCUGUCACGAAGACAGUCGGGCUCCGCUGCCGCUGCUAACCAGCGACGCCUGGCUUCACCCAUCUCCAGCCCAGCCGCUCAUCGUUCCCGGGCUGCCUUCAGCACAGAUUAACACCGCCAAUUAGGAAACUGGUGAAGAAGCUGGAGUCUGGACUAAAGGAGCGCAUAAGAAAUGUCAUUGCUGUGUGUUGGAGUAAAGAAAGGCAAGCUCGAUGGACCCCAAGAGAAAUUUAACACAUACGUGACCUUGAAGGUGCAAAAUGUUAAGAGCACCACCAUUGCUGUGCGUGGCAGUCAACCAUGCUGGGAACAGGACUUCAUGUUCGAAAUAAACCGUCAGGGGCUGGGCCUCACAGUGGAGGUCUGGAACAAAGGACUGAUCUGGGACACCAUGGUGGGAACUGUAUGGAUCCCCCUUCAAAGCAUACGACAGUCCAAUGAGGAGGGUCCGGGUCAGUGGCUGACCCUGGACUCGAAUGUUAUUAUGGCUGAGAAUGAAAUCUGUGGAACCAAAGACCCGACCUUUCACAGGCUGCUGCUUGACACUCGCUUUGAACUGCCAUUAGACAUUCCAGAAGAGGAGGCCAGAUACUGGGCUAAGAAACUCGAGCAACUUAAUGCAAUGAGAGAUCAAGAUUAUGCCUACCAAGAAGAACAAGAGCAAUCACUCCAUGCCCCCUCCACACAGUGCUGUAAUUGGAGUCUGUGGGGAGACCAGCAGAACGAGGACCCAGACAGUGCCGUUGAUGACAGGGACAGUGACUACCGCAGCGAGACCAGUAACAGCAUCCCUCCUCCCUUCUACACCACCUCCCAGCCCAAUGCUUCCAUGCACCAGUACCCAAUGCGGCAUCAACACUACAGGCACUCCUUCAGCGAUGACAUCCAUGAGCUGGACUACGAUCACAGAACAAUGAGACGCUAUGAUAGUUUAGACUCUGCCACCAACGGGCGCAGCGAUAUCGACUCAGGCUCAGGGUCGAGCCGGCGCACCAGUCGUCAGUAUUCUCUAGACAGUAGGCACUCUCUGUCCGAUAGUCCCACAGACAGCCGCUAUGCCUCAUCAGCGGAGCUGAGCAGAGGAAGCUCUCAGCUUAGCGAGGAGUUUCCUCCAGAGGACGGUGAAAGCUUUCAAGGUUCAGAGUUCUACGAUGAAAACGACUCGUACCACUCCUGCCAUUCCUCCGUCAGCUAUGGCAAAGAAGAUUCCCCGGGCUGGGAUGGGGAGGACCACCAAGGGGUCUACAGUGACGAGGGAGGCUAUCUCAAAGAUGGAGGGGAAGAGGGUGCACUGUAUGAUGAAGAGGAAGGUGACAUUUACGCAGAGGAAGGGCAGUAUAACUAUCAAGAUGAGGAAGAGAUGCACUACAGAGAUGAAGACAUGUAUCCACUGGGUGAUAAACAAAGCCAAGACAAGGAGCCGACCUACACUCCAUCAGUGCCGUCAGGCUCUGCAUCCACCUUGAUGCCACCAUCUGAUGGCCUGUCUUCCUCCAGGCCACCUUUGGAGAAGCAAGCAUCUUUGCAUCAGCAGAGGCUUGCCCAGGAUCAGACCCAGUCGCCCAGUGCAGCUCUUGAACUACCUCCAGUCUCACAGGACAGCGUGUUGCCCUCUGAUGCUACAGAUUCCAUCAAGCCUUCCUUUGCUUCAUCACAGCAACAGAUGUCUGUCACAACAUCCACCCCAACCAUCCCAACCCAGGUUCCACCUCAGGACACCAAGCCCCUGGAGCCAGAGCCCAAAGCUGAAACCCCUCUGGAGGAUGUUUAUCCUCUUGAUCAGCCCCCAGCAGCAGAAACUGGGCAGCCUGCUCCUGAGGAGAAAACAGAAGAAGCUCCUGUUCCAAGUUUCCCAAAGAGAGAAAUCAUGGAACCAGGUCCUGCUAGAGCCAAAGCUAACUGGCUUCGCCUUUUCAGUAGAGUGCGACUGCAGCUACAAGAGGCACGAGGAGAGCAUGUUGGGAUUGCCUCAUUGCUUUUGUCUGCGGGCAUGGGUGGUGCUCUGUACAGCAUUGACAGCAUGCCAGACCUUAGAAAAAGGAAAGCAAUGCCUCUGGUCAGAGAUCUGGCAAUGUCUUUGGUCCAGAACUCCAGGAAGGCUGGCAUUACCUCAGCCCUAACGUCCAGCACCCUGCAUAACGAAGAACUGAAGAGUCAUGUCUACAAGAAGACCCUUCAGGCGCUCAUUUACCCGAUCUCUUGCACCACCCCACACAAUUUCGAGGUGUGGACAGCCACCACUCCAACUUACUGCUACGAGUGUGAAGGACUGCUGUGGGGUAUUGCUCGCCAAGGCAUGCGCUGCACUGAGUGUGGAGUCAAAUGCCAUGAGAAGUGCCAGGACCUGCUCAAUGCUGACUGUCUACAAAGAGCUGCAGAGAAGAGCUCCAAGCAUGGUGCAGAGGACAGAACCCAGAACAUCAUCAUGGUUCUUAAAGACCGCAUGAAGAUCCGUGAGAGGAACAAACCAGAGAUCUUUGAACUCAUCCAGGAAGUGUUUGCUGUCAUCAAGUCCACCCAUGUCACUCAAAUGAAGCAGAUCAAGCAGAGUGUGCUCGACGGCACCUCCAAAUGGUCAGCCAAGAUCUGCAUCACAGUGUUGUGUGCUCAGGGUCUCCAAGCAAAGGAUAAAACUGGUUCCAGUGAUCCCUAUGUCACUGUCCAGGUGGGGAAGACCAAGAAGAGGACCAAAACUAUCUAUGGCAACCUCAACCCUGUCUGGGAGGAAACAUUUAAUUUUGAAUGUCACAACUCCUCAGACCGCAUCAAGGUGCGAGUGUGGGAUGAAGACGAUGAUAUUAAGUCUCGGGUGAAGCAAAAGUUCAAGCGAGAGUCGGACGACUUCCUCGGUCAAACUAUCAUUGAAGUCCGCACUCUGAGUGGAGAGAUGGACGUCUGGUAUAAUCUUGACAAACGUACGGACAAAUCAGCCGUGUCUGGGGCUAUUCGAAUGCGCAUUAAUGUGGAAAUUAAAGGAGAAGAGACAGUCGCUCCAUAUCAUGUACAGUACACCUGUCUGCAUGAGAAUCUCUUUCAUUAUGUAACAGAUAUCCAGAAUAAUGGUGUGGUGAAGAUCCCUGAUGCAAAAGGAGAUGAUGCUUGGAAAGUUUAUUUUGAGGAAACUCCCCAAGAAAUAGUAGACGAGUUUGCCAUGCGUUACGGAGUGGAGUCCAUCUACCAAGCCAUGACUCACUUUGCCUGCUUGUCAUCCAAGUACAUGUGCCCAGGUGUGCCUGCAGUCAUGAGCACCCUGCUGGCCAACAUCAACGCCUACUACGCCCACACCACCCAGGCAACCAACAAUGUUUCUGCUUCUGACCGAUUUGCUGCUUCAAACUUUGGAAAAGAGCGAUUUGUCAAGCUUCUAGAUCAGCUGCACAACUCUCUAAGGAUAGACCUCUCCAUGUAUCGAAAUAACUUCCCGGCCAGCAGCCCUGAGAGACUACAGGAUCUCAAAUCCACAGUUGACCUCCUCACCAGUAUUACCUUCUUCAGAAUGAAGGUUCAGGAGCUCCAGUCCCCACCCAGGGCCAGUCAGGUUGUAAAGGAUUGUGUGAAAGCCUGCCUCAACUCCACCUACGAGUACAUCUUUAAUAACUGUCACGAACUCUACAGCCGCGAGUACCAAACAGACCCAGCCAAGCAGGGCGCUGUGCCUCCUGAGGAGCAGGGACCCAGUAUAAAGAACCUGGACUUCUGGUCCAAACUCAUCACACUUAUUGUUUCCAUCAUUGAGGAGGACAAAAACUCUUACACUCCCUGCUUAAACCAAUUUCCCCAGGAGCUCAACGUUGGAAAAAUAAGUGCCGAAGUAAUGUGGAAUCUGUUUGCUCAGGACAUGAAGUAUGCAAUGGAAGAACAUGAGAAAAACCGCUUGUGUAAGAGUGCCGAUUACAUGAACCUGCACUUUAAGGUUAAAUGGCUGUACAACGAAUACUGCAAAGACCUUCCCUUCUUCAAGAGCCGAGUGCCUGAAUACCCUGCGUGGUUUGAGCCGUUCGUCAUCCAGUGGCUGGAUGAAAAUGAGGAAGUCUCUCGUGACUUUUUACACGGGGCUUUGGAGAGAGACAAAAAAGAUGGGUUCCAGGUCACAUCAGAACAUGCUCUCUUCUCUUGUUCGGUGGUGGAUGUGUUCUCCCAGCUCAACCAGAGCUUUGAGAUCAUCAGAAAGUUAGAGUGUCCAGAUCCACAGAUCGUAGGACAUUACAUGAAGCGAUUUGCCAAGACCAUCAGCAAUGUUCUUCUGUCCUAUGCUGAUAUCAUUUCCAAGUUGUUUGCCAACUAUGUUACCAUGGAGAAAGUGCCCUGCAUUCUGAUCAACAACAUCCAACAACUGAGGGUUCAGUUGGAGAAAAUGUUUGAAGCCAUGGGUGGAAAAGACCUGUGUGUGGAGGCCAGUGAUAUCCUGAAAGAUCUGCAAGUGAAGCUCAACAAUGUCAUGGAUGAUCUGAGCAGAGUCUUUGCCGUCAGUUUCCAGCCUCACAUUGAAGAAAAUGUGAAGCAGAUGGGCGACAUCUUGGCUCAGGUGAAAGGGACGUCGAAUGUAGGGAACGCCAGCAGUGUGGCCCAGGACGCCGACAACGUCUUGCAGCCAAUCAUGGAGUUCCUGGACAGCAACCUCUCUCUGUUUGCUAAGAUUUGUGAGAAGACUGUCCUAAAACGUGUGUUGAAGGAGCUGUGGAAGCUGGUAAUGAACACCAUGGAGAAAACCAUCGUUCUGCCUCCACUCACAGACCAAACGAUGAUUGGGAGGCUGAAGAGUGCUUCUCACAGUGAUGGCACUCAGCUCAUCUUCAACGCUGCCAAGGAGCUCGGACAGCUGUCUAAACUGAAGGAGCACAUGGUACGUGAAGAGGCCAAAGCACUAUCACCCAAGCAGUGUGCUGUGAUCGAGCUGGCUCUGGACACCAUCAAGCAAUACUUCCAUGCUGGUGGUGUGGGCCUGAAGAAAACUUUCCUGGAAAAAAGUCCUGACCUGCAGUCUCUCCACUACGCCCUGUCCCUCUACACUCAGGCCACUGACAAACUCAUUAAGACCUUUGUCCAGUCGCAAAAUGCCCAAGUGUUCGGCGGGAAGGGGGUGAGAUUCACCACUAGUGAGGAUGUUUACCCAGAAAAGGGCACCGGAGUGGACGACGCUGUGGGCGAAGUGUCCAUCCAUGUGGAGGUUUUCACUCAUCCAAACACCGGCGAACAUAAAGUCACAGUGAAAGUGGUGGCUGCCAACGACCUGAGGUGGCAGACGCAGGGAAUAUUCCGCCCGUUCGUGGAGGUCUACAUCAUCGGUCCCCACCUGAGCGACAAGAAGAGGAAGUACGCCACCAAGUCGAAGAACAACAGCUGGGCUCCCAAAUACAAUGAAACCUUCACUUUCACACUGAGCAACGAGGUGGGUCCAGAGUGCUACGAGCUGCAGGUGUGUGUGAAGGACUACUGCUUCGCCCGAGAGGACCGCACCGUGGGCAUGGCCGUCCUGCAGCUCAAGGAUGUGGCCUCCAAGGGCAGCGCCGCCUGCUGGCUGCCGCUGGGUAAGCGCAUCCACAUGGAUGAGACAGGCCUCACCGUCCUGCGCAUCCUCUCCCAGCGCAACAACGACGACGUGGCCAAAGAGUUUGUCAAGCUCAAGUCCGACCAGCGCUCUACAGAGGAGGGCCGUGGUUAAAAAAAAAAGACGAAAAUGUCAAAGUGGGGCUUAAAACGCCAUGUCUGGAGCUCAGUCAGACAGCCACUGCCCUGCGGCUCUCCUGAGUCACCGCAAGUCACUGCCAGGAUAAUCCAGAGUUGUAAAAGCACAGAUAAGACAGGAGGCACCACACACUCAGUCCUGUAAAUACUUUUAUUCCAGUGGCGAAGACGCAAAGCAAAGACGAGCAUCACCAAGUCCACCAGUGUCUUUAUUGUUGCUGAUGUGUUUUAAUCAUCCUUUUUGAUUAGCGAUACAGUUUCCCUAUUUGUCGUGGAGAAACACACACCCUUACUUGAGCGAUCAGGUGGAGAAAUGUCUUGUAGCCUCUUAGUAUUUUUAGCCAUCUUUCUCACUUUCUUUUUUUUAAGUUUCUGCCCUGUCAUCCCUUCCCUGGUGUGUGCCCACUCAGAGAAGGGACCGCAAGUGCCAACAGAUAAUUACUGAAAUAUGCCAAGACCAUUCCCAAGCACAACAGGACCGACCGUCCAGCCGACACACAACGCAAACAGGCUCAAAACAUUCCAGAUAUCAGAAACAAAGCACUUUUAGUUUAUCACUCAAGUUUAUUACUUUCUUAUUCUAGAUCUAUAUUUAUAUUUAAAUAAUUCUAUAUAUGAACAUGCAUAUAUA